AGAGCGAGUCAUGUGACCUCUUUCCCAAGCGGAGUUUCCACGACAGCUGGAAGCCGAGCGGCACAGGCGCAUCGCUUCUUUGCUAAAAAAUAUAGGAAAUAACACGACUUCUGCUCGUCUCAGCACCUCCAGAGAAACCCUGGUCUGGCAUGGGCGACAAGAGGAGUCCCACAAGGCCGAAGCGUCAACCGAAGCCCUCCUCCGACGAGGGGUUUUGGGACUGCAGCGUGUGCACGUACAAGAACACGGCAGAGGCUUUUAAGUGCAUGAUGUGUGAUGUCAGGAAGGGGACGUCAACAAGGAAGCCUCGUCCCGUCUCUCAGCUCGUCUCGCAGCAGCAGGUAACGCAGCAGUUCGUGUUGCCUUUGCAGCCCAAAAAGGAAAAGAAGGAGAGAGUGGAGAGGGAGAAGAGCGACAGAGAGCCGGCUCUCAAGAAGAACAGUCACAAGAAGAUGAGGCCGAGGUUAAAAAACAUCGACCGCAGCAGCGCCCAGCACCUGGAGGUGACGGUUGGGGACCUGACAGUCAUCAUAACGGACUUUAAGGAGAAGGCCAAGCCCACGUCCACCUCGGCGACGCCGUCCAGCACCGCGUCCACGGCCGACCUCCACAGCCAGAACGGCUCCAGCUCAGAGAACACAGAGAAGGGGCUCUCCCGCUCGUCCUCACCCAGAGGGGAGGGGAGCUCUGUCAACGGAGAGUCCCACUGAGUCCACACACCCCACCCCCACCCUCCGAUCCUCCCACGGCCUCCACCCUCCACCUCAUCUGCAGGCCCACAGGUCACUGGUGGAGCAUCCUGCCUUCACUUGAGAGCUGCACAUUACUGACUAAAAACUAUUUUUUUUUUCUUCUGGAUACUACAACUUAAAAAGGAAUAAUGACCAAACAUCAGAUUUGGCGAGUUUAAUAGGUUUAUAUAUUCUCCACAGCACUGGAAUUCUGCAUUUAGAAAGCAAUAUAAAAGACCUUUUGCUCCGUGAUGGAAGACUUUAGUGAUCUACAAUUUUCACUUGGACAUGCGGUGAAAUUGAAAAGGAUCCCACGCGCCAUGCAAACCUCGCUACUAGAAUAUUUACAAAGACUGCAGCUUUAUUCUGACGAAGAACUUCCUCAGAACUGACCUGAGAUAUGUCUGAAUAAACGUUUGGACAAGCUUUAUGGUGCUGAGCGGGUUUCCUUCAGAUGCACCUGCCUCUCAAGGCUUUUCCCUUUUCUUUUUAUAUGUUUUUGUUUUAACGAAAUGUGCAGCCCCACCCUUGACAUCACCUCACGUGGCCGACAGAGGGACCGAUUCUUCGCCCAUGUGGAGUCUUCAGCCUCUGUCUGGAGGCUUUACGUACCCGUUAUACACCUGAACCUCCAUGACGCACUUUCAGUGUCCCUACACUGAACCUCCAAGCUCACAGCCAACCUUUGCUCCUGCUCUCAGUUACUCCAAGCUUUUACUUGUGGACUGCCUCUGCUGUGGAGUGACUUUUUUUUUUUUUUUUGACACAGCAUAGCGGCUGUACUCCUACUGGCACCUUGUGGUGCUUCUGGGUAAUGUUUGGAGCAGGUUGAUUCGUUCAGGUAAUGCUUGUUAUGUACGUAUAAGGGUUAUCGGGCAGGUUUUGAUAAAAGCCCUCUUUGAAAUGGUGCAGAAAGGUAAAGUAUAUGAUAUUAAAGGAUAAUACCGGUGUCUUUGUCUGUUUUCAGUUUGUGCCAAUAAUCUACACUACUCCUCUUUUUGGUUUGCAUACAGUCAGCCACGUUUAAGAUGCAAUCAGGGUUUUGUUCCUCUAUCUUUGCAGCUAUUCAUUUUGUACAGUUUAAAAACCACAAACUUGCAUUAAGUGAUAUUUUUGAUUAUAGACAUCAAAUCAUAUAAAUUUGAGUAAUGUUAAAAGCUGAACAUGAAGAGAAUGAGCAACUCUCUGGUUAUAUGCAGCCUUUAAGUUCUUUGUUUUGGUGUUCUUGGAGCAGAGAAAGUAUUUACCAGCUACUAGCGAGCUAGCUUCUAAAAGUUGGGUAAAUAUUGAACUAAGAUGAGUCAGAAGACCAGAAACACUUAUUUAUGUUGAUAUACGACUGCUAGAUAUGCAAUUGGGAAAUGCAUUGCUAACAUAUUAAUAUUAAUAGCUAAAAUCUGUUUCUCAGGGCUUUGUUUCUUUGAGUUGCUUUUGCAGUUUUGCUAUACCCUCAUGCUAUCAAAAAAAUACACUUAAUGCAGCUUUGAAUUAACUUCAGUCCGCUUUAAGAAUGGUGGUCAUACUUUAUCUGUCACAUUAUGAGUACAUGAUGCUGACUAAAUGUGUCAAUAAUCAAUAAGAUCCGAGAUGUUACACUGUGGUGACUGUCAAUCAGAUGACUCCCACAGAAUAAGAUCUAUCUACGCAAAUAUGACACCGGUUGUCGUACAUACAUAUUCCUGCUUUUACUGUAUUGGCACUUUUAUUUCCCCCUGCAACAGCUAAUUUAAAGCCAGGUUUAUCAAAAUUAAGUAUGUCUCAGAAAUAGAAAAAAAAAAAAAAAAAGGAAUAGUUGUUUUCAAAUUGAGGAAUCAACUAAAUAUAGACAGAAUUUGAAGGACUGUAGCUGCUGUAAGUGACACCGGUAUUCUCCUUUUAAUCUCUGCUGCACAAACAGGGCUGCACCUGCUCAGCGUCGCAGUGGAGAACCAGGGGGGGGGAUGCUGUCCUCCUCCCUCCUCCUCCUCUCCCCCCCUCUGUGGAGCCAGUUUGGACACAGCAUGGUGCUUUUAAAAUGUAAAAAGGAGCUUUGACUCCUGGACAUGCAAAAGUGGAUUGUCUGCGGUGUGAUGGACUUCAGAGACUGUUUAAAUUCCUCCAUUUUGACGUAGCAAAGUGGAGGAGCUUUAGAAUAUACUAAACCCUCAGCAGAACAACUAUAGAUCAACCUAACUACAAACUAACUUAUGAAACCUGUAGAAUGCUACACAGAUAAAAAUGGAUAUUUCUAAAAUAUUGUACUACAAUGUUUUGAUGUGGUUGUAUUAUCCAUCAUAGCAGUGUUAUUGUCCAGAAUUUUACUUUCACAUUUUAGCACAGAAUCCUGAGAGCUGUCAUGGCAUGAUAAUAUUAUGGUCUCAGUAUAUUGUGGGACAGGCUAUGUCUCUAGUUUGUUAGCAUCGUUUAAUGUAUCAGAGAUCUCAUAGGUCCACCACACUAGCUGGGACUAGCUGCGUGGACUUGUGAGAACUGUUCGGAAAAAGACGUUUGUUAUUUGGUUGUGGCAAAAAUGGAAAGACUUAAAAAUAUGUUGGUUGUCACUUGUUGAUAUUUUUUUUUUUGUUUGUUUGUUUUGCUCAGUUUCUUUUAAAAUGUGUAAACUUGUUUAUUACAUGUCUGAAUAAGAAAAUGCAAACAUAAGAAUCAUUUUACCUAUUGUCAUUAGUCACUUUCAUACAAGUGCAUGCUUUACCUUUUGUGUUGUCACAGGUUUGCUAAUCUGGCCUUUUUCUUUUUUUUCUUUUUUUUUUUAAUAAGCAGAGUACUUCUUGUUUCAGCUCCAUCUGGUGAACGACUUGAUAACUGCUACUUAUCCUCAAACACAGUACAUGAAGGUUCAAAGUUUUCAAAUCAGAGAAUGGUGUUUAUCCAUGCAAUAUUAAAAUUAAAAAAAAAAAUCUUUAUGACUUGAUUAUAUAGGCUUACCAUAAGUAAGCAACAGGUAAUGAGCAUAAUGUGUGGUUUACACACUAAUUAAUCAACCACUACAUAAGUCAAUGACCUAAUUUCCCCUGCACUAAAUGAAAAUGCAUUUGACGUCCAGGUCUGUUGUCUAGUGGAGCCACAUCAAUAAAGACGACUAGUCACU